CCAUCAUCCCUGGGCGGCGCCUCUUGGGCUGCCUAAGACCAGGAAAUUCAAAAACGAAACGAGAUCCAUUUUGAGAGCCGGCAGCAGCAGACCCAGCCUCCCCUCUUCCUCCUCGUGGAAAAGGAGCCCAAAUCAUUCAGGGUUUCCAUUAUUUUAGACCUUUCGACGAAGAGGGGCGCCAUUUUAGGCCCUCUUUCUCUCGAAUGGACUCGGAGGUAGGAAUGGAGACUGAGCCAAGGCAGAGUUGAGCAGAAAGAGUAACACUAGAAACACCCUGCUGCUUUCAGAUGGAUGUUGGAAGCCUUACCAAGGAAUCUUAGUGUCUAAGAAAAGCAGCCAUCAUGGAAGAAGAUAACACUAUGAAGUUUCACCAGCAGCUUCUGGCAAUUGAUGACAAUCUUGGAAAGGAAGAUGUGGAUGCCCUGAAAUUUCUUUGCAGUGAUUUUAUCUCCUUAAAGAAGCUGGAAACAGUGGAGUCAGCACAGGAUAUUUUCCAGCUCCUCAUGAAAAAGAACUUAUUAAAUAAAGAGGAUACUUUUCUCCUAGCAGAACUUCUUUACAGGAUUAAGUGUAUUUUCCUACUUCAAAAAAUUGGCUACACCAAAGAGGAGGUUCAAGACAAACUGCCUCUGAGAGGGAUGGUCUCUGAGUAUCGACAGAUGCUGUAUGAAAUAUCUGAGGGGCUCACUGAGGAAGAUGUGAAGAACGCCACGUUCCUUUUGAGGGACCAUAUUCCAAAGAAGCAGUCUACUACAUCUGCUUUAGAAUUGCUGACUUCCCUGGAGAAACAAGACCUUUUAGCAAAAACUAAGACAGAUAAACUAGAAAUAAUCUGUGAGAAAAUAUCACCUGAUCUCCUGAAGAAAGUGGAGAGAUACAAGCAGAGAACAGCAUCACACCCUUCUCAUCCUGGAUUUCAAGAAUCAUCUUUCUGGGAAUCUUCUGUUGGAUACCCACCUAAGAAAAGUGCAGAUUCUUACACUGAAGAACUUGGGAGCCUGAGGUGGCACAAUGAAACUUUGCAUUCUUUACCAGCGAAUCAAGAUGUCAGAGCAGGAAAUGCCUCUGGCCCCUCAGAACUCCACUUGCCCCGGCCUAUGGGAGAUGAGAAAUCAAAAAGCUCUGCCAAGACGUCAGAUUGCUAUAAAAUGGAUGGGCCGCACAGGGGCUAUUGCCUCAUUUUUAAUAAUAUCAAUUUUGAAGGAGGCCUCACCCGGCGGACUGGAUCUCAAAAAGAUGCCUUGGGACUGGAAAAUGUAUUUACAUGGCUUGGGUUAGAAGUGAAAAAGUAUGAUGAUAAGACUUCAGUAGAAAUGGAAAAUAUUUUGAAGGAUUGGCAAUCUUCUGAAAGCUGGAAAGACAAGGAUUGUCUGGUUUGUUGCAUUCUGUCUCAUGGUGAAUCUGGAAAAAUUUAUGGGACUGAUGCAUGUUUAAUUUCAAUCCGGACCAUCAUGUCCUACUUCACAGCCAAACGGUGUCCGCAACUAGCAAAAAAGCCCAAGCUGUUUUUCAUCCAGGCAUGUCAAGGGGAAAAGACACAACAACCAGUUUACCUUGAAACAGAUACCAACAAUCGUGCUAACCUUGGAGCAGAUGCACAGUCUUCAGGUUUUUCCUCUUUGCAGUUGAUGACUUUAAGUAUACCUGAAGAAGCAGACUUUCUCCUUGGCAUGGCCACUGUGGAUGGUUACCUCUCUUUCAGGCAUAUUCAUCAAGGCACGUGGUACAUUCAGGCUCUGUGUGACAAGCUUCGGGCCUUGGUGCCAAGGGGUGAAGAUAUCUUGUCCAUCCUUACAGAAGUCAAUGCUGAUGUAAGCAAACGUGCAGACGCUCAAGGGCAAAAGAAACAGAUGCCACAGCCAGCAUACACCCUCAGGAAAAAACUGAUAUUUCCCAUGCCUAAAUAGAACCCCCCCCCAACCAUUGCAGCCACUGUAGGAUUUUUUGAGUGACAGCUAAUAAGGUGGCUUGCUGCAGUUCAAGAUAUGAUGGGUUUGAUUCUGGUGAUACAAAAAAAUGAACAGUACAUCUCUCAUGUAUUAGCAUGCUUUAAAGGUACUUUUCACCUUGCACUAACUGCUCAGCUGUUAGCAAGAUUUUUUUUCCCUUUAAGUCAAUUUAGUUACAGCCAACUGUGUUUGCUGUGAAUCAUGUCCCAACUGCUUAAGCUUACGAAUUUUCUUAGAAUUUUACUUAGUUUCAUAGUACUUAAUAGAGACAAGCCUCUCUCUCACUGGUUAUGGCUUCUGCAAUGAACUUCCACCUGAAAAUACAUCUUGGAAACAUCAGUUGCUAAGCACCGCCGGAGGGAGAGAGAGCAUCACUUCUGCAUCCUGACUGUGAGCUUCCAAAAUGCACCAGCUUGGCCCAGGGUCCCAACAGAAUCCUGAAUGAAAUGACGUGUUUUUGCCACUGCCAAGACCACCACAGAAGGAUCAUUGAACAUUAAGUGGCCUCUAGACUGCCUUAAUAAAUACUUUGUUUCUGAGAAAAAAGCAAUGGGAAUGCCUUCAUUGCCACAUUGCUUGAUUUAUUUUUGGAAAACAAUUUAAUAGAUCAGAAUCACUGUGUUUUA